AUGGCAACUUCCAACCGCAAAUCUACACCAGCGGUACCAUCACCACCGCCAUACCCACCAGUCCCCCAAACAUUCCCCUCCUCAAGCCCCUUCUCUUGCGCCCCCCUCACAACGGCACUGAACCGCAUCCGCAUUCUUGAAGCACAAGUCAAUUCCAACAAACCAACCAUCGACGCUCUCAAAGCCCAGAAUCACCAAAACCAGCAGUAUAUCAACUGCCUAGAAAAGCGGCUUGCAGAUUUGCGAGAUGACAUGGGGAAAAGCAGUUCGUCAUCAUCACCACACGAGUCUUUCUUCACCAUUGCCUUGCCAUCCACAGAGUUAUCCAUCUGCAUUCCGCCCGACGAUGGCGACAUUGUGGUUGUGUCGAAAUCCGCGGUGGAAGUCAUGGCCAAAACCUUUGGUCUUCGAAGCGGGACAAGCAAUGGCAUGAAUGCCCCCAUGUGUGGUGGUGAUAGUACCUCCGAAGCCAAUGACAGCUCCCAACUUAGUAAUGCCACCUCCCAAACCAAUACCAUGCCCCGAACGGAUGUUGCCUCCUCGCCCCCAUCUUCCGCAGGGUUGCCAACACCUGCCUCAUCAUAUUCAAACGGGGUGCGAACCCCUGCAUCAUCAUCAGACUGGGAAACAGCUUUCUUCCCCACCCCCACGCCCGCAUUAUCAAACACAGCAGAAUCUGGAGAAGCAACAACACCACCGGCCCUGAGUGAACACUGCUGUGAAUGUGGCCAGUACAUUCAGCAUGUCUUUGUACGGCAACCAUCAGCAUACCGCCUUUGUGCAGAGUGCGAGAUGGGAAGGUCAAUGGUGGACGAGUUCCCGCUGGUAGGAGUCCCAGCCCAAGCGUAUGAGGCAGGACCGUGCUCUAGUUCUUAUCAGAGUGAACACCUUCCUGUUUCCUGGGGCGAGUCGGCGAUUCGUAGAUACUGA